UCAGGAAAAUAUUUUUAAAAUAAAAUAAAAAUAAAAACGGGGACACACUAACUUUUUAUUGUCAGGUGACUAAAAUUUGUAAGGGUAGGAGCGUUAAUUGAGCCCACAAAAAAUGAAAAUAGUUUAUUCUGGCCGUUUUGGCCGAAUUUUGGCCGUGUUUAUCUGCAUGUCCUUCUCUCUCUCUCUCUCUUUCUUAUUCGAAAUUGUUCCGACGACGCCGGAAAAAAUAUUUCUUUUCCAAUUUUCCGUCUUCAUUUUCUUUUUUUUUUUUUUUGAGACUUCGCAUGUCGUUGCCCUUCCUUUCCUUUUCAGCGGUAUUCAACAGUGCAGUAUUUCAGCUUCAGACACAUGUCGCCAACGAAACAUAAAGCAUAGCGACUCCACUCCCUCACCCCUAUUUCUGCGCAACUCCCUCCCUGUGGUUGCGAUCCCGCAUGUACCAAUCCGUCGCUGCCUGACAUCAAGGAAUGCUACCAUCCAACAUGAACGGGCUCCGCAGUAGACCUCCUAGAGUAUAGAUACAGAACGAAACAGAUGGUCUGAAUGGUGCUAACAUAGGUCCAACAGAGCGGGGAAAGCGGGCCACCCGUGACCACUGUGACAGUUCAUUGAUCUGAUCAUCGGGCGGCUCCACAUCCAUAAAGACAACCUCACUGGGGCCUACCACAUCAUCCAGGCCAGUCGAAUGCCUCCUCUCUAGUGACAUGCACGACGACCCGGCGCUUCUGCAGAGGCGACGCCGCCGGCUAUUGCAACAAGAGGCACAACCAGACCAGCAGAGGUUCCUGGAGGCAGUGCGCCAGGGCGACAUCCUCGGCCUCAGAGCGUUGCUUCAGGAGCACCCGCGACUGGAUGUCAACUGUUGCGACCUCAGGGGACGCCGAGCCCUUGAGACAGCAGUUCAACAGGCUGAUGUCGAUAUGGUUGCCGAGUUACUGAAACUGCCCGCCAUCAGCGUGGAACAUCUUUUCGCUGCGCUGCUGGUCGCGAUAGAAAAACACGAUGUCACGUUAGCGCUCAUGCUGCUUCAGAGUGACACUGCACUGGCGGCUGCUGCACUUCGCCCAGACGCCUACCCCAACAUCCCCGUACACAAUAUGACGCCCAUCAUGGCUGCUGCCAUCGAAGGUGAUCUGGAGAUGACCAAGAUGCUUCUGGACAAUGGGCACAGCGUUCUAAUACCGCACGACCCGGGAUGUACUUGCCCGGAGUGCGGCGAAAAGGCACAGAAAGACGGGGAACAGCUAUCACGCUUCCAGCUACGUCACAAUGCAUAUCGAGCUCUCUGUAGUCCCGUGUACAUCAUCCUCACGUCAGACGAUCCGGUGCUUACAGCGUUUGAGCUAAGUGGCCAACUGCGAAGAGUAGGGUACACCACGCCAGAAUUUCAGGAGGAGUACGGUGCCCUGUCUCAGCAGUGCUCAGAAUUCGCAGCCGCUCUGCUCGCUGAAUGCCGAGACACGGACGAAGUGGAGGCCGUACUGUCGCAGUCUGGGGGGUUUCCAUCGUCUCGGCCAUUUCGCUUCCCUCGACUCUACCUCGCUAUUGUAUUGGGUCAAAAGUCGUUCGUAGCGCAACCUAGCUGCCAGCAGGUGUUGAGGGCUCUGUGGACGGACGGCCUGCCACAGUGGGGUGUGUGGUCUCCACCACGGAAGGCCCUUCACGUCGCUCUGCAAGCUCUAUUGGCACCCGUCUGGCUAUCCCUCUACCUUGUGCUGCCGAACCCUCACCUUGUUAAACCCUUACAGGUUCCAUUACAUCGCUUUAUCUAUUGCUGCGGCUCUUACACGACUUUUCUCUGCCUCCUGACGGUGAGCUUGUUCUACGGCCGCAGAGACAGCCUCAAGAUGCGAGCACUAUGGUCGGAGAUCCUGGUUGGCAUAUGGGUGGUAGGUUACGCGUGGGAGCUCGCUCUCAACGCCUGGGCACUCGGGCUUCGUCUAUUUCUUCGUUCUUGGUGGGCGCUGUACGACCUAGCCAUGCUUGCGUUGUUCCUGAUAGCCGAGGUGCUCUGGUUCAUCGUGUUCGUGACGGCGCGAACCCUCCAGGAGAAUUUGGACCGGACUAAUUGGCCGUGGUACCAUCCGUAUCUUAUCGGGGAAGCACUGUACGCUGUGGCUACUGUACUAGCAUUCUGCAGGCUGCUCCUCUGGUGUCAGAUGCACCGCGCCCUUGGACCACUGGGCGUCUCCCUCGCAUGCAUGUUGGGGGACGUUAUGCGUUUCCUGCUCGUCAUUCUCGUAGUAAUUUUCGCCUUCGCUGCGGGCCUGAACUCCAUCUAUAAAAACUACGCUGGCAACGUGUCCAAGGGGCCCGACGGAUCCGAGAAGACUCAGCCGGAUAACUUCACAACGCUGGGAAGCGCGUUCAUGUAUCUCUUCUGGGCCAUCUACGAGUUGAGUUCCCCGGAGUAUGGAGACAUCGUGGUGCCCGGCAAACAGCAGCACGGAUUCACGGAGUUCAUAGGCUACGCCCUCUGGGCCACCUACCACGUCAUCACAGUGAUCGUCUUGCUGAAUGCCAUCAUCGCGAUGAUGACGGAUAGCUACCAAAGGGUUCAGGGCAACGCCUACACGGAGUGGGUAUUUGCACGCUCGUCGCAGUGGAUCUCUUACUUCGACCUUCACUCGUCUGUCCCUCCGCCGUUUAACCUCUUUCCCGCUGCUCACUGCAUGCGCUUCAGUUGCAUCUUCCUGUACGCUCUCUUUCGAAGCAAAAAGGACAGCAAGGACCACACUUGCGGAGCCCCACCACAUCCCCAGUGGUCCUGUUUUGAAUGGGAGAUAGAGCGUAACAUUCAGAAGCGAAGGCACACGACGUAUCAGGAUCUUGUGGUUCGCCUUGGACGUCGAUACUUGCAGAACAGAGAGAUAGAAGAUCGUCGUCAAAGCCGAAUGUCAACUCUGGACAGGUCGUCUUUUGGGGAGAACAUUUCUGAGCGCAGGGGAUCCUGUGUUGUUCAGAUACGUAGGAAAUUCGCGUGCACGCGCAUCUGAACAAAAAUUGCCCAUGAGCAAUCAGAUUUGCAACGAGAAAAAGGGAAAGAAGGCAGUACUUGCAAUUCUGGCCAAAACUUUACGGCCAGAAUGGCAGCAAUUUUCCUGUUUUAAAAUAAGUCACGACACAGGAAAUGACCGUGUGCGCUAUCUGACUUCCUCACUCUUGCAGUUUGCAUGCGUGUAUUUAUAGUUAUUUGCUUUCAAUUGCUAUUUAUUUGCAUAUUUAUGUAAAUAUGUUGGUAUAACAUAAUGAAAAGGGACUGGAUUCGCGGGCACAUA